AUGGCCGCGGCUGCGAUGGCCGAGCGGGGCCGCGUGCUGCCCGCCGCCGCGCCCGCGCCGGGCCUGGGCACCGAGGGGCUGCCGCGCGCCUUCCUGCAGAGCCUGCGCACGCUCUUCGACAUCCUGGACGACCGGCGGCGGGGCUACGUGCACCUGCGUGAGAUCGAGUCUCGGUGGCAGGGAGCCGACGCGCGCGCGCUGCCCGGCGGCGUGCUCGAGGGCCUGCGCCAGGCGGCCCCGGCCAGCGGCUACCUGACCUUCGAGCGCUUCGUGGCCGGCCUGCGCUCCUCUCUGCUGAGCGCAGCCCCCGGCCGGCCUCGGGGCCCCUCGGCCCAGCGGGGCGCUGCUGCCCGGGCGUCUCCUGUGCGGUGCCGGGGGGAGGUAGCUUUUCUCCGUGGGCACCUGAGUCUGGAGCGCACUUCGCCGGCCUGGAGGGAAAGGGGACUCCGCCGGGUGCCCCCUGGGGCCCGACUUUACGAGCAGUACUGGACCAAGUGCAAGGCCAGGGUCAUUCUCAUGGCCGCACACAGGUACAAGCUGCUAGCCCAGGACCGAGCAGGGGGCAGGGCUGCCUCCACCUUCCAGUCAGCUGUCCUGCUGAACAUCCAGGACCCAGUGGCCUGCGGAGCUGCGGAGGUGCAUGUGGGGCACAGCCGGAGGGCCCUGCGUGUCCGUGGCGAGUAUCGGAGGCACACCAUCGCCAGUGGAGUGGACUGCGAGCUGCUGAAGCAGCUGCGGGAGCUGGAGCAGGAGCAGGAGGUGCUGUUGCAAGGCCUGGAGAUGAUGGGGCGUGGCCGGGACUGGUACCAGCAGCAGCUGGGGCGCGUGCAGGAGCGCCAGCGCCGCCUGGGACAGAGCCGAGCCUGCACUGACUUGGGCGCUGAGGGGAGCCCCCGCCCACUGGGACGGCUGCUGCCCAAGGUGCAGGAGGUGGCCCGGUGCCUGGGGGAGCUUCUGGCCGCCGCCUGUGCGGGCCGAGGGAGCGGCUCCCCAGACCCCCCGGAGCGGGCUCCGCCCUCGUCCUCCUCGGGGGCCCCGGGCCCCUGCGCCCCGGCCCCUGGCUCGCCCGCGGCCCCCUCCUGGCAGCAGCAGCAGCAGACUAUCCUCAUGCUGAAGGAGCAGAACCGGCGCCUCACCAAGGAGGUGACCGACAAGAGCGAGCGCAUCACCCAGCUGGAACAGGAGAAGUCAGCCCUCAUCAAGCAGCUGUUUGAGGCCCGCAGCCAGCAGGAGACCGGACCCCUGGACUCCACUUUCAUCUAG